AUGACAGAUUGCAAACCUCUGACGACUACAACGGCUGUCACACAGGCUGUUUCACCCUCAGAUCAACCGUACGAGAACCCCACGCAGUACAGGCGUUUAGUUCGGGCUCUGCAAUACCUCCCGAUCACGCGUCCAGAUCUCUCCUAUGCCGUAAACCACCUUUGUCAGUUCAUGCACGCACCUACUACAGAUCAUUGGGGACUAUUGAAGCGGGUUCUACGCUAUGUCAAGGGCACCUUGGAUUGUGGGUUACGCUUGUCUGCGUCCGCUUCCUCGGCAAUUCAUGCUUUUUCAGACUCUGAUUGGGCUGGAUGCCCCAUGGACAGGAAGAGUACUAGUGGGUAUGCCGUAUUCUUGGGCUCUAAUCUCAUUUCGUGGCUCUCCAAGAAACAGCGCACUGUGGCCCGCUCUUCGACUGAAGCCGAGUAUAAAGCCUUAGCCGAUAUCUCUGCCGAGGUCACGUGGAUUGUGUCACUCCUUCGUGAACUAGGGUUGCACUCUGGGAUCCUGCCACCCUAUGUUUUUCAUGCACGGACCAAGCAUGUGGAAAUUGAUUUCCACUUUGUCAGGGACAAAGUUGCAGCAGGUGAUUUUAUUGUCAAUUUCGUCUCUACAAAGGAUCAGCUCGCAGAUAUCUUCACCAAACCACUUCCAGGACCCCGGUUCGUGGCUCUUCGUGACAAGCUCAAUGUGGCUACACACCACCCUUGUGCUUGA